ACUACUUGGCAGCAGUGCCAAGUGCCGGACUUUGUUAUUAUUACAAAUUGUAGCCGAUGAGACGAACCGGUAUGCCAAUGACAUACACUCAACUUCUUUUCAUGCCACGUGGUACCCUACAAAAGUCGACGAGAUGCUAUCAGCUAUGCCUGUUUGCAUUCUGGAUGAUUCUGGGUAUUAUACACAUGUCAACUUUACACAGUUAUUUUUCUACGAACGAACUACUUGGCAGCAGUGCCAAGUGCCAGACUUUGUUAUUAUUACAAAUUGUAGCCGAUGAGACGAACCGGUAUGCCAAUGACAUACACUCAACUUCUUUUCAUGCCACGUGGUACCCUACAAAAGUCGACGAGAUGCUAUCAGCUAUGCCUGUUUGCAUUCUGGAUGAUUCUGGGUAUUAUACACGUGUCAACUAUACACAGUUAUUUUUCUACGAACGAACUACUUGGCAGCAGUGCCAAGUGCCAGACUUUGUUAUUAUUACAAAUUGUAGCCGAUGAGACGAACCGGUAUGCUAAUGCCAAUGACAUACACUCAACUUCUUUUUAUGCCACGUGGUACCCUACAAAAGUCGACGAGGUGCUAUCAGCUAUGCCUGUUCGCGAACAGAAGUAUCGUUCGUUAUAUAAUAUAUAUAACGAACUACUAGUAUCGACCCGUCGAAAUCGAGAAUUGUUAAGGUCGAUUUACAUCAAACGAGCGAAUGCUCAUUCUAUCCCCACUACAGCUAAUUCUUCUAGUGUAAACAGGCGUAGAGCAUUCCUUCGUUGUUCUUAGUGCGUUCGCAGAUUCUAUGGAAUAUUCUAAGAAUGCUCGCUCGCUUGAUGUAAACGGCGCAAGAGCGCGCGAACAGUUGCUUAGAGCGUUCUAGCGUGUUAGGACGUGCUCGCGACACUGAGCGGUCUCAUCAAAGCGUUUUAGUGUUCUAACGAUUGUUUACGUAUCUUAUCGAUUAAGUUAUGGAUUGGUCUCAAGAAAAAUGUUUAUUAAUGAUAGAAGCCUACCGCAAUUUCAGAUGUCUGUGGGAUCCGACGUAUGAAAACUAUAAAAAUACAACUUACAAACAAGAUGCUUGGCGGGAAAUCGCAAAACAACUGGAAUGUAAUGUUGAAGAGGUACAAAAAAAGAUGGACUCGCUUCUUGCAUCUUACCGCCGGGAAACGAAAAAAACAAUGAGUACGAAGUCAGGCAGCGGUGCCGAUUGUAUUUAUAAUUCUAAAUGGUUUGCAUUUACAAGCAUGCACUUUUUGAUGGACAAAUAUAAACCGAGGAAAACAAUUGAUUUCGACACUAACCAAAAUAAAAACAUGGCUGAUGAGCAGGAGAAUGAGCGAAUUGGACAAGAAACUCCGGUAGUGGACCCUAAUGCAGAUACACAGUCAGAUUCAACAACACAUUCACAACCUGCAGCUUCAGUAGGGUCAAGAAACACCACACCACAAUGGCAACCAUCAACAUCACUGCAAUCUGGCCACACAAUACCACCAAAAAAAUCAAAACAUGAAGACCCUCGAGUAGCCGAAGCCUACCGUAUUUUAAAAGAUACACAUGAUUCAAAGAUAAGGGACAAGAGUCAAGCUUUUGGAAAUCAUGUUGCUUCAAAACAUCGCGAAUACUCAAAAGGACGAAAGCGUAUGUUGAACAUUACAUAAAUAAUAUACUGUUCGACGCUGAUUUGGGGAAAUUUGAUUAUGAGUCAAAUUUAGCAUCAACUCCGAUGUCUUCAUAUUCAAACAGUUCACAAAAUACUUGCAUUGUGUAUUCUGUAGCCUCAGAUC